UUCAACCUCAUCAAGCUCUGUUGUGUUUGAGCUCUGUAAAAACAAACCAGCCAUGGUAGCUCUCAGAGCAACCCCUACACUUCAUUCUCUUCCCAAUGCUAUUCCAUCCAGACUUGACAAGAAACUCUUUCACUCCAACUUCAACCAAAUACCACCCACUUCAUCUUUUUCGUUUGGUGAACGGACUACUGUGUCAAGAUCCAAGCUUUUCACUUCCAUUUCUUCAUCUGUUUCGACAGAUCUCACUGACCCUUUUCAGCCAGCGGUUGAAACUCAGAACCCAGAUGAGAAAUUCGACUGGUAUAGCAACUGGUGUCCGAUCAUGCCGGUUUGUGAUCUGGACAAGAGGAGACCGCAUGGGAAGAAGGUGAUGGGGCUCGAUGUGGUGGUGUGGUGGGACAAGAAUGAGAGUGUUUGGAAGGUGUUUGAUGAUAGUUGUCCUCAUAGGUUGGCUCCAUUAUCAGAAGGGAGGAUCGAUCAGUGGGGGAGAUUGCAGUGUGUGUACCAUGGUUGGUGCUUCAAUGGCUCUGGUAAUUGCAAGUUCAUCCCUCAAGCACCCCCAGAUGGCCCUCCGCAGGUUCACACUUCCAAGAGAGCAUGUGUUUCAGUUUAUCCAAGCACAGUGCAGAAUGGCAUUGUAUGGUUUUGGCCAAACACUGAUCCCAAAUACAAAAAUAUUAUUAUGAAGAAAAAACCACCCUACAUUGCAGAAAUAGAUGAUCCAUCAUAUGCUCAAUCAGCAUUAAUCAAUAGAGAUUUGCCAUAUGGAUAUGAGGUGAUGAUUGAGAAUCUUAUGGACCCUGCACAUGUUCCAUAUGCCCAUUAUGGAUUGAUGCAAACACGGCUACCAGGCAAGGCUGAUAGAGAAGGUGGCAUACCUCUGGAAAUGACUCUCGAAAGUUUUAACCCUAAUGGUUUUACUGGAAUGGGAGAUCCUGGUUUUAACCAAUUUUUUGCACCAUAUGUUUUCUAUAGUUCUAUGCCAGUUAAACUAGAUCAAGAUAAUGAGACUAAAAAGGGGUUUCAAAAAAGGAUGGCUUUAGUUUUUAUAUGUGUUCCAAUUAGUCCUGGUAAGAGCAGAUUGAUAUUCAGUGGAUCGACCCCAACCUUUCAUAGAUACUUUGCUCGUUGGUUUAACAAAAUAUUUCCAAGAUGGAUAACUCAUGCUGCCAUAAAUACAGUUCUGGAUUCUGAUGCAUAUCUGUUACAUCUUGAGGAGCGUAAGAUAAUGGAUGCUGGAGUUGGGCAAUGGCAUAAAGCAUGUUUUGUGCCAGCAAAGACAGAUGCUCAUGUGGUUGCAUUUAGAAAGUGGCUUAACAAGUAUGGUGGUGGUCAGGUUGAUUGGAGAGGCAAAUUCUCUGGAGUUCUUCCUCCAACUCCUCCUAGAGAACAGCUUAUGGACAGGUAUUGGAGCCAUGUAGUGAACUGUGGUAGCUGCAAAGCUGCAUACAAGGGUUUCAAAGUGUUGGAAGUGGUUCUCCAAGUGAUCUCCAUAACUCUGAUUGGCUAUGCUGCAGCAACCAAACAAGGCCAAGCAUUGAAGAUUGCCAUAGUUUCUAUAGCACUGCUUUCCUUUGUAGCUUCAAAAUGGCUGUCUCACCUCAUUUACAAGAUCUUCCAUUAUCAUGGCUAUGACCAUGCUUUUCGUUAGAAUACCUUUCACAUAAUAUAUGAAAACACCAUAUAAUGAUGCAUAUAUAUAGCAUACUAUAUUAUGAGUGACUAUACUAUUAUCAUUGGUUUCUCUACCAAUGAAAUAAUCAGAGAGAGAAUUCAUAUAUAUAUAUAUAUAUAUAUUGACAUGCAUCUCAAUAUUUAUAUAUACUUUACCGUCUAAUACAUUUGUGAUAAUUCAACACUCUCAAGUUUCGGACUAAA